UUUAUUUUCAACUCAGCCCCCCUCCACCGCCAUCGCAUUUUAAUCCCCAUAUUCAUCGUCGUCGACCAAGGAGAGAGAAAGUUGCUUCUUUCGGCAAAUUGGUGUUCCCAGGGUUUGUUGCGGAGAGAGAAGAGAAAGCAGGAAAGCAUCGGUUGCUGAAGCUUUUGAGAUGGGGAAGAACGAGAAGACAGGGCUGGGGAGGGCUCUGGUGAGGCAGCACAACCAGCUGAUCCAGCAGUCCAAGGAGAAGGGCAGCAGCUACAGGGCCCAGCAAAAGAAGGUUCUGGAAUCGUUCACGGAGGUCAGCGACAUCGAAGCCGUCAUCGAGCAGGCUGAGGAGGCCGACCGCGCCUUCUCCCUCGACCACCCCGUCCCCAACCUCCUCAUCAGCCUGGAUGCAAAAACUAGCACCAGUGACAUGACGCCCGAGCAAAGGAGAGAGCAACAGAAGAUAGAGGAGAUGCUGCAUGCCACCAGUCUCCGAGUUCCACGGAGGCCACCAUGGAAUGCCAGAAUGUCUGUGGAGGAGCUUGACACAAAUGAAAGAAAAUCUUUCUUAGCAUGGCGCCGAAGCCUUGCAAGACUUGAGGAGAAUGAGAAGCUUGUUCUUACUCCUUUUGAGAAGAAUCUGGAUAUCUGGAGACAGUUGUGGCGGGUGCUCGAACGCAGUGAUCUGCUUGUAAUGGUUGUUGAUGCUCGAGACCCACUGUUCUACCGCUGUCUUGAUCUGGAGGCAUAUGCACGAGAGAUUGAUGAGCACAAACGGACAUUGCUUCUUGUUAAUAAGGCAGAUCUCUUACCAUUUUCUGUCAGGGAGAAAUGGGCUGAAUACUUUCGCCUUAAUGAGAUUCUCUUCGUGUUCUGGUCAGCUAAAGCUGCUUCUGCUGCUCUUGAAGGGAAAUGGUUUAGUGAUGAGCAGAAGAUGGAUAAUCCUGAUACAAAAAUAUAUGGAAGGGAUGAGCUUUUGGCCCGUUUACAGUGGGAAGCAGAAGAGAUAGUGACGAGGAGGGGGAAAUCGGGCUCAUCUAAUGUUCAGUCUCCUGGUGGAAAUGCUGCAGAAAGUUCUGCAUCAAAGAAUGUAGUUGUGGGAUUUGUUGGCUAUCCUAAUGUGGGGAAGAGCUCAACAAUUAAUGCUUUGGUGGGCCAGAAGCGGACUGGCGUCACCUCUACUCCAGGGAAGACUAAGCAUUUCCAAACAUUGAUUAUGUCUGAUGAGCUGACCCUAUGUGACUGCCCCGGAUUAGUGUUUCCAUCCUUCUCAAGCUCGAGAUAUGAAAUGAUUGCUUCUGGGGUGUUGCCUAUUGAUCGGAUGACUGAGCACAGGGAGGCUGUGCAGAUAGUAGCCGAUCGAGUUCCUAGGCAUGUCAUUGAGGAUGUGUACAACAUCAAGCUGCCAAAACCAAAGCCAUAUGAGCCACAGACCCGACCCCCUCUGGCAUCUGAACUAUUAAGAACUUAUUGUGCCUCUCGUGGGUAUGUUGCCUCUAGUGGACUGCCUGAUGAAACUAGAGCUGCCCGCCAGAUUUUGAAGGAUUACAUUGAUGGGAAGUUGCGCCACUAUGAAAUGCCCCCCGGAAUCUCCGAUGAGGAAGUUGGUUCAGAAAAUGGUGUAGAACCGAGCUCGUUUGAAGAACAUGAUUCAGAUUCAUCUGAUGUUGAAAACACUGAAGAUGUUCAAAGUGAAGAUGCACCUAUUCUUGAGCAUGUGCUGGAUGAUCUCAAUUCUUUUGAUAUGGCUAAUGGCCUUGCUUCCAAAAGGGUGACAGUUAAGAAGCCUAAGGCACCUCAUAAACAACACAAGAAGCCUCAGAGGAAAAAGGAUCGCUCGUGGAGGGUUGGAAAUGAUGAUGGUGAUGGAAUGCCAGUAGUAAGAGUCUAUCAGAAGCCAAUGAAUACAGGUCCUGUAAAAGUUGGGUGAGAAUCGUUUUUGUUUUUUGUACUGUUUGUCUAUUUGUAACAGCAAUUUCUAGCCUGCAUAUGGUAAUGCAUAUAUGGACUAUUUCAUCUUGGGAAGGAAAAUAUCAGUUAUGACUUCAUAGAUGCAUUAUACCUCAAAAAUUA